AUGCGAUCACAGCUUCUGUUCACCUUUCCCUAUGAACCUCAUAAGCCGUUUCCUAAAAAUAUAUGGCAAACUUGGAAAGUGGGCCUCGAUGAUAAAACCUUUCCGAAAAGGUUCCAAUACUAUCAGGAACUGUGGGACGAACAAAACCCCGGCUACAAGCACUACGUGGUACCUGAUGCGGAAGCUAAUGAGAUGAUUGCCUCAUUAUAUAAGACAGUUCCCGAUGUUGCCAGGGCGUACCUGAUCAUGCCAAAACUGAUUUUGCAAGCUGAUUUUUUUCGAUACCUUAUUCUCUACGCUCGGGGUGGAGUGUAUCUGGAUAUUGAUACAUGGGGGCUUAAACCGGUGCUGACGUGGGUGUCAGCAAACGACACUUUGAAUAACAAACCGAGUAAUCCCGGUGUAGUGGUGGGGAUUGAAGCUGAUCCCGAUAGACCGGAUUGGAACGAUUGGUAUGCUAGGCGAAUUCAGUUUUGUCAAUGGACAAUUCAAGCGAAGCCGGGGCACCCUUUGCUUCGUGAGCUCAUCGCUCGUAUAACUGAGCUCACCCUUGAGCGUGACGCCAAUGGCAAAUUGAGCGAAACGCUAGGGAAGGAUGAGCUGGGCGAUAUAAUGGAUUGGACGGGCCCUGGAAUUUUUACCGAUUAUGUGUUCAAAUAUUUGAACAAUAUCUUGCAACCUCUGGCCAACUUUGAAAGCAAGAACUACGAGAAAGUGAUUGACUGGGAAUUUUUUACUGGCAUUCAAAGCCCAAUGUUGAUCGACGAUGUCAUGGUGCUUCCAAUCACGCUGUUUUCUCCCGAUGUGGGACAGAUGGGCGCCGGCAGCCUGCAUGACGCUUUGGCCUACGUAAAACAUAUGUUUCAAGGUUCGUGGAAAACGGAUGGUACCGGUGAACAAAUUUAA